UGAUGUGCAGCAAUUUUGGGUAGAAUUCUUAAAGAGCCUGACCAGCUUUUACCAUAUAUGGCGCACCGUCAGAAACAAAAACACAUAUUUUCUCGUCCAUAGAGGAAUCGGGAAAUAGUGAUUUGAUGGAAUCAUUUAUGAACCGGGCGAUAGUUGAAUGGUUUGUUUUUUCUAAAACCUUGCAAGCAACCAAAUGGGGAAUAGAGGGCUCUUUAGAUAAUUUCCCAACAAUUAGAUUCGCUAUAUAUCGUCCACAGGAAUCUGUCGUUUCAUCUGCCGAUAUCCAUAUCAAAUCGUUCGAGAGAUCGGCGCGAAUUUCACCAAGUACUUCUACGUAGAUAUUUGAAAGGUAGUUUUUUCGAAUUGUGGAUUCUUCAGGAAUUAUCUGAUUAGUGCAAUACUUCUUUAGGAAUUUCCUGCAUACUUCGUUAUUUAAUUGGUGGAAAGCUAUAUUGCAAGCAACAAAAAACUCACACAAAUCUUUAUUGAAUUGUACUUUGUUUGAAGUAUCCGAAUUAGAAGACGAAAUAUGAGUUAGCAGUUGUUGACAACUUCUUGCAGGUUUCUGUUUUGCAGCUAAAUGUGAAGCAGUACUCACAUGUUGAUCGAUUUGAUAUUUUUUUGAUGAAGGUAUUCGCUUUUCACAAACCUUGCAGAAAAUCACAGUACCAUCAGUCGUAAAUUGGUCUGGACAUUUUUUUAUCCAUGAUUCCAUUAAAGCAUGGGUAUUUUUUUUCACUGGCGGCAUUAUUUUAUUUAAAAUAAAAUAAACUAUGGAAGAAAUAUUCUACGACCUAGUAGCUGAACCAAGCAACCAGUUUGAGGGAUUCGUUCGAAUGUCAGCAACUGAUUUCGAAUUAAUUUUAAGUAGAGUUGGGCCUUUGAUAGAAAAACAAAAAACUAAAUUUCCUCUAACUAUACCUGCCAAAAUUCGACUAGCGGUUACUUUACGAUAUUUAGCUACAGGAGAUAGCUACAGAAGCUUACAUUAUUUGUUCAAGAUGUCUCACCAAGUGAUUUCCAAUAUUGUAAGAGAAUGUUGUGCUGCUCUUAUAUCUGUAUUGAAGGACAUGAUCAAGUUACCUGAGAAUGAAAACGAAUGGCUACAAAAGGAAUCUGAUUUUAGAGAUACAUUUCCUCAUUGCUUGGGAGCAAUCGAUGGUAAACAUGUUGUCAUGGUGUCACCGAUUCACAGUGGGUCUGAAAUUUUUAAUUAUAAGCAUUCAUUUAGUAUUGUGUUGAUGGCCUUAGUGGAUCGCAAUUUUUGUUUUAUGUUUUGCGAUGUAGGCAACAAGGGUAGAAUCAGUGACGGUGGUGUAUUCAGAGAUUGUGUUUUAUUCGAAAAACUUCAGACAAAUUCCUUACAUUUACCACAACCUGAACCACUUUCUGAUGGCGAUGUAAAUGUGCCUUACGUUUUUGUUGCUGACAAUGCAUUUCCAUUGCACCCCAACAUAAAGAAACCAUUUCCCGGAGACCACCCCGAAGGAAGUACACAACGAAACUUCAAUCGUAAACUUUCUUCUGUACGUAUUGUUGUGGAAAACGCAUUUGGUGUUAUGUCAGCACGGUUUCGAGUUCUUAGAAAACCUAUAGCUCUACAACCAAAUGAAGCUUCAAGAGUCGUAAUGGCAUGUGCUUUAUUACAUAACUUUUUGAGAAAAAGUUCUAACUCCCGGUCAAUUUACACCCCACCGGGUUACACUGACACAAUUGUCAACAGAGAAACAAUAAAUCCUGGAACUUGGAGAAAAGACAUUGGAAAAGGCGAAGGCGCUUUCAAGUCAAUGAAGAGUAUUGCACGACGUUCAGCUUUAACAGCAAUCCAGGUUAGGAAUAAAUUCGCAGAACAUUUCAGGACCAUGAAUAAUUUGUAAGGUGUCGACAACGUAAAAUGGGUACUUCCUCGUGCUCCCCCUGAGGUCGGGGAAGAGGAAGUACCCUUUUAUGUUUUUAAAUAAAUGUUUGAUUUGAUUAUUUAAAUACUUUAGAAAAUAAAACAACAUACUCU